UCAGGCCUUACUGGGGCUCAUCUUUGGUUUAAAUCGAGAGCACCUUUCAUCGCCCGGUCCGGCGAUUCGAGUCAAGGGGCUCGUUGGCUCUUUGGAGGGAGUCCUCAAGGGCAGGAUUCUCAGAGUUUGUGAAUCCCGUUGAAUUUGGUGGCUUGAAUUCCGGACGUGGACCUCGUCGUUCCCGGUGCGUGGCGUCUACAAAGCUCGAAGAAAGUUUUCGGGCCUGAGAAAGGCAGGCAGGCAGGCAGGCGCCGCCGCCGCCAUGACGUCCCAGCCUUCUGGGUCGCAGAACUAUCACAAAAUUGGGGUCGGAUCACAGAAUCCGCACGAUCGACCCGUGAGAAAGCGCUACAUUGUGGACACAUGGAAUCAUCCGAUGAGCUGCGUGUGCAAAGCAUGCACGUGCCAUCUGCAUCAAUGUCCGGCGUACCCGAAGUUCCCGCCGGAGGAGCCCAUCCGGACGGUGAUUCCGUUCGACAAGGGCAAGAUGGACGAGAUCUCGACCAUGAAAGCGCACUUCACCAAGAAGCCCAUCCACCCGCCGCCGCGGCCACCGUCGCCGCCUCAGCGAUGGCCGCCGGACAAAAUCACGACCUACCACGACCACUACCCGGAGAAGCCGCUGCCGCCCCCGCCGAAACCAUGGCCGCCGUUCCCCGAGCGAACGCCGUUCAUGGCCGACACCACGUACCACUACUUCCACAAGAAGCCGCCGGCGUGCCCCAUGAACCAGCGCAGCGUCGAGGUCGGCCGCGACGGCCACCUCUACGUGGUCGACGACCCGCCCGGCCGCUGGCAGGAGACCCAGGUCUCGAGCAAGGACAAAUUCCUGUACAAGCCGCAGGAGACGAAGCCGCCGGGCUACUCGUUGUCCUGCACUGAGGGCAAGACCAUCGCUCCCGUCUCCAUCCAGAAAUCCGACUACAACUUGAAGCCCGUGCAUCCGAUCCGAAUGACGUCUCCGCCUCCCACGCACGUCGAGAAGAGCAUCACUUUUAAGUAAUACGGGUUCUUGUGCGUGUGCCCGGCAUAGGGCUCUCGAGGCUGGCAUGAAUCAGGUAGCUUUUCUUGGAGCUCGGUUUCAUUCCCAGUCAAGAGUGGACUUCGAAAAGCCAGAACUGGCGCUGAAGAUUUUGCUAGCCACUGCUGUAGUGCGACUUCCAGGCAGGGCCUGCUCGCUACAAAAUUCUUAGAUGUGCCCUUACUGUUGAUUCAAGUCUCUCAGUUCUAAACCUGUGCUGACCUGCAAUAAUGUUCAAUGAAUUUGUUUGGCUGGAGAAUGCAAUGCAUUUUAGCUCUGCUGGACUUCCCCCUUCGUUUGACUCUCCUGAUAUGAUGAACAUGAGGGAAUUCCAGUAUUUCUUCCAAUUUUCCUUUUCUGUUGUCCAUAUUCUUUCCCUAUGACAUCAUUCUGUCUCCGAAAUACGAGUGUCUACCUUGAUAACGUUGAUUCUUGCCCAGCAGAUCAAGGAUUCGACAUAGUGAAUAAAAGGAAAAUCCCUCAACCUCUCACACACGAGAUCUGGUUUCAGUCUGACCUGUUCUUCCUCAAAAAUUCGAAAGAUUUAGAUUUGCGUAUCAGGUUCUGGUAGUAGACGUUCC